AUGUGCGUGGCAGACGCCACAGAGGCAGGCGUUGAAACAGAUGAUGAUGAUGAUGAUGAUGAUGAUGAUGAUGAUGAUGAUGAUGAUGAUGAUGAUGAUGAUGAUGAUGAUGAUGAUGAUGAUGAUGAUGAUGAUGAUGAUGAUGAUGAUGAUGAUGGAAGUGGUGGCUCGGGAGAACGGUCAGCUAGUUGGUGGUUUUGGUGUUUGUUAGCGUGUCAGGGUUGCGCGUAGUGUUGAUGGGCAUGGCAGACGCCAGAGCGGCAGACGUUGAGGCGGUAGAGGAGGAGGAUGAUAAUGGUGGUUUGGGAGAGCGGUCAACGUUAGUUGACGUCAUGGGGGGCGAGAGAGAGAGCUGGACGGAGAGACGACGGUUGGUGCGGUUCGAGUGCUGCAGUUAGUCCGGUGUCCAACAAGUCCACUUGGCGCCCGGCAUGUUCGUUGGCAUCGUGGACACGUUGGAGGCGGCAGCGUCUGUUGAGAUUUGCAUAUCUCGCGUUUGGCUUUGGCGGCCGUGAUGUGGUUGGCUUCGAAAAUUGCUGCGCCUGUCUUUACUGUUCUCCUCCACGUAGGUCUGCCCGGGCGAGGUCUUCCCAGUUUGCCGGGUUGGCCUGCAGGCGCUUCAGGAAGAUUUUCAGAGUAUCCUUGUAGCGCCGGACCUAACCUCCUUGUCGGCGUUAACCCGUCGCGAUAUCUCCACAAAAGAGUCGUUUGGGUUGCCUCUCAUCGUCCAUCCCUACGAGGCUGCCGCUCCAGCGUAGUUGUAGUUGCCUCAGCAGGGCGAAUAUGCUGAGGAUCCCGUCCGCUCCAGUACGUCCAUGUCUGGGAUCCGGUCCUGCCACCUCAGCCUCAGUAUUCAACGAAGACAGCGGAGCUGGAGUUGGCUGAGUCUACCUGCCUGCUUCAUGUACACCGUCCAGGUCUCUGCUCCAUACAGCAACGUCGGUAGGAUUGCGGUCUUGUACAUCUUCAGUUUUGUGCUGAGUUAAGACCGUGAAAAUCUCAAACUGUGUUUUGAAGACGACCGAAGGCUUGACUUGACGUCGAAAUCCGGCGGGCCACUUCAUCGUCGAUUUUGAUGCCGUGAGAGAGGGUGCUGUCCAGAUUCGUGAAGUUGUCCACCACUUACAGUUGGACGCCGUUCGCGUUGAUUUGAGGUGCGACGUAGGCAGCGUCGGGUGUCGGUUGGUGCAUGACCACCGUCUUCUCCGUGUUGAUGAUCAGAGCGAAGUUCUUGCAGGCGGCGGGGAAAGAUCCAGGCUAGAUCGCAGUUCAUAGCUAGGACCCGUAUUACAGAUGGGGGGGGGGAAGUUGUUUACUGGGGCUAUUUUGUGGGGCUCCAUAAUCACAUCUGACCCCUUUGGCUUCCGUUUUACGUUUGAGGUUAGGAUUAGGGUACUGGUUAAUGGUUUCCGAUUUUCGGGUUAGGGUUAUGCCUUUAGGCUUAGGUUUUCGAGUUACGGUUAGGCUUUGAGCGUACGAUUAGGUUUCAGUAUUAUGAUUAGGUUGUUGGUUUCGGCAAUGUCUGAGGGUUACGGUUACGUUUACGAUUUCGGUUAGGGUUAGGGUUGACGUUAGGAUUAACGAUUAACGUUUAAGGUUGAUGUUAGGGUUAGGGUUAAGAUUAGGAUUAGAGUGAAGGUCGCCGUCCGCUUCCCCAUUUCUAGUUACCAACUGCGAUCUGGGCGAGCUCCAUUAUCCUUUGCACGUCUUCUUCAGUAGUUGCAUCAAGGGCGCAGUCAUCGGGGAACAGAAGCUCGUGGACGGUGGUUGUGGAGACACGCGACUGGAAGUGCAUCCGCUGCUGAUUGAGGUGGUGGCCGUCCGUCUUGGAGGCGACGGGAUCCGGGGGCGUUUGUCACGUUAG